AUGUGGUACAAUUGAAGUUGUGUACAUGUCGAAAGUUUUAAUAGUAAUGCACGAUGGUAGUACCGUAAAUAUACUUGUCAUGUGCAACGCGGAAAGUGUUUGACCUAAUGUAAGCGGUUGGUAUCAACUUAGGGGUAGUCUUAUUCGGUCCGUGUUGACAAACCGAAAAUUGAGAUACUUGUUUAAGGUGUGAGUACUUUCAAUUUAGGACUCAGUAUAAUGCCACUAUUUGGUAAAAAGGACGACAGAGGUAUUGACUACAAAUCUAGGUUGGAGCAUAAACUAUAUUUGGCUCGUGAAAAUCCGGAGCCAGUUUUCGAUUUGUCCGAUUGUGCGCUGAAACAUGUGCCAUCCGGUGUCUACACGCUCUGUAAAGUGUUCAGGAAAGAAGCGCUUUAUAUGCAGGACAAUCAUUUGACAUCUCUAUCUGGAGGAGGGAAUCUGGCUGACCUUUCACUUCUGCAAGUGCUGGAUCUUCAUAACAAUUCUCUUUCAAAGUUACCAGAUGACUUAAGGCAUCUACAAAACCUUAGGGUUUUGAAUCUCAGCAGAAACUCUUUAAAACAGCUUCCUGCCACUGUAUCUGAGCUCAAAUUAUUAAAUACAUUGGAUGUAUCAAACAAUAGACUGAAAGAUAUUUUAUGUGAGUUCAAUGAACUCAGGCAUUUGGAAUCUUUGGAUGUUCGGGGAAAUAAAUCACUGUCUAAGCUGCCAACCUCCCUUGGACAUUGUGUACAUUUGAAAAAGUUAUUAGCAGAUACAGACUCCUUAAGGUACCCGCCUCCCAACAUAGUACAACAAGGAACUACAGCUGUUGUUACAUUUUUGUCACAAGAGUGUGGUUUAGAAUAUAUACCACCAAGUGAAUCCGAGCCUGAUAGUGCCAUACCAACAGUGACUGAAAGUGAUGACAUAGACUGGGAAUUCCAGGAGCAGAAACGAAGAGAAAUGCUGGAACUUGAGAGGAGUAUAGAGGAGCAGCAGAGAAAAGAAUUAGAGCUUCAGAAUGUUAUGAGAAUUUCCAAAGAAAAAUUGCUGGGAGAUUUACUGGAACAACAGAUCAGACUAGAAGAUGAGAUACAGCGUGCUCACCGAGAGCGUGAAUCAGAAAGACGACGUUUAAUUGAACAUUUGCAAACAGUUGAGCAAACAACAGACCAUAUGAUUUCUCAACUGCUGUCAUUAAGUGCAAGCGAAGCUAAUGUGGAGCAUUUGCAGCUUCUCUUAGAGAAAGAAAGACAGCAAGAAGAGCAGCUUUUCAAUUUACGACAAGAGGAGUAUCAGCACCUGCAUCAACAGGAAAUACUUAAUGCAAUGGAGGCACUGCUAGAAGAAGAAGGGAAACAUGAACAGAAGUUGAGGGAGUAUGAGCAAGACAGAGCUGAGACAACACGCACAUUGUUGAGCCAGGAACUGGAAAAUAACGAGCAGCUGCUGAGCUUAUUGUCAAACCAGGAUCAGAACAAGAAUGAGCUCUUGAGAAGAUUGCACAAAGAUGAGGAGUUGCAACGUGCAGCUGUUGGGGCCCUGUUGGAGCGAGGUGAUGCACGCUCAUGGGGGCUUGUGCAGCAAGUAGCUAUUGUAAGCUCCCAGCUGAGUGCACUUACUGCCCUUGAACUGGAACGCAGGCGUCUUGAUGUAGCAGAGCAUGUGGCUGAAUUAAGUGAGAAGCGGAAAGCACUUUCUCACUUGCUUGUAAAACUGAUGGGCCAGCAAGAAGAGCGGCGUAAACAACUUCUCCGAACCUUGAAUGAAAUAGAGCGUCGAAGGCCAUCAGACAAAGAGUCUCAAGCUGACUUCUGGCUAAUGCAGUAUCAACGGCUGCUUGAUUCACGACCACCAAGUCUUAUUGAUCUGGAACGUAAUUUAGAUCCAGCUUUGGGACAUCAUCUUGUAAUGGCUGGAGUUGUUCACUGUUUGCCCUUUUUGUCAGAAUGGGUACAUGACACAAAACGCCUUGAGGAACUGACUGAUUAUGACCUUAUUCAGGCUGGCAUUAAAUCAUCAGAAGAUCGAGCAGCCAUUAAAAAAGCCACAAUGGAAUACUUGCAAGAAAAAACAAGUAAUACAUCAAGUGUGGAGCCUCAAGAUGUGCCAUCAGCCCCAUCUCUUCCCGAGACAGAAACGCACAAUAUGGAUGCUGAAUGUGUAGUUUGUCUAGAUAGACAGAGUGACAUCGUAUUUGUCUCAUGUGGUCAUAUGUGCUGCUGCAGUAUAUGUUCCAAUCCACUAACAGAAUGUCCGAUGUGCCGAAGCAACAUCGUGCAGAAGCUGCGUGUUAUAAUGCCAUAA